CAUUUCCCAUGAGGCGUUGCGGUGUAAUACGUCAUUGCCGUGCGCAGGGCUGAGGUGGCGUUAGAGAGAAGGUCGGUUCCCGGCGGGGUCUCAUCAUGACGAAGCUCCUGGAGUGGCUGCUCGGUGUGGCGGUGGUGGUCGCGGUCUGGGCGGUGGUGUCCUUCGACCUGUUGGACCUGAGCCUGCCGCUCGCGUACCGGGAGGUGGCCUGGCCGAUGCCUCUCUACCUGUUGGUGUCGUUCGGCUGCUACUCGCUGGCCACCGUGGGCUACAGGGUGGCCACCUUCAAUGACUGCGAGGAGGCGGCGAGAGAGCUGCAGGAGCAGAUCCGAGAAGCCAAAGAGGACCUGAGGAGAAAGGGCCUGAAGAUGUGAAGCUUGACAAGGACCAUGCAGAAUCUUUUGAUGGACUGUUGCACACAACCUGGUAUCUGCACUCCUGAGGUUGGAGUCUCUAGUGUGAAAUAUGUUGGAUGGACUUCCUGUUUCCAGCAGUUUCACCCUUCAUUCAUGCAGCCACGUUUGUUUUUAUUCAUGUAUUAACCAGCAUUAGUCGCACAACUGACUGAUUUUUGUGUUACUCAUAGAUGACAACAAAUAAGACUGAACUCUGAACUGAACUACAAACCUGUCUAUUCAAAGAUGUGUCUGAAGUAAAACAAGUUUGCAACAUCCAGUUCUGUUCAUAUCAGCUUGUGGUUGCACUGAUGACCAUAGAAAUAGAAAACCUGUUAUACGUUCAAAUCACUGUUGUGUUUAAUUAUCAUCUGUGACCAGUUGUUCAUCACUGGAAUCAUCCAGCUUUCAGACAGGCACUGAACUGUAUAAGAUCGCAAAUGUCUGAUUCAGAAACUCUGCACAUUUGCCAGAACUUUUCCCGCCACCUCAAACUUUACAGGAACUCAGUGUAAAAAUAAAGCAGGAACACACAACAGACAUAAAACUCUAAAAAAUCAAGAGAACAAAAAUAAUUCAGGAUGUGCUAUACACGAAUAAGAUGCAGAAAAGUUUCUGUUGUUUUGAUCAUGUCUGUUCUGGACAAUCUCCUGCUGAUUUGCUCAUAUGUGAAAGUUCAAAGUUCAUGUCUGAAAACACCCUCUGACUAGAUUCUCAGCCGGGAAUUUUUACAUUCUUUCAAUCUGCGUCAGCUCCGCACAGUGUCGGCCUUGUCGUGCCUGUCUGGAGAUUGUUGCUUGUCAGAAUACAUAGAUUGUUAUCUGUAGUGUACAUUCCAUUGUCCGGUUUCAGACCUGUUCCCUGUGGCUAUUGCUGCGAUGUAAUUAAAAUGGAGUAUAUUUUCUUCAGGU